AUAAUAGCCGACCAUGGGGAAAUUUGGGAAUCUUCUCGUGACGGAGUGGGAAUCUAUAUAGAGAGCUUAUGUUCCCUUUUACUUAAUUGACUGUGGCCUUCGUCUUCCUUUCAGUUUCUGUGUGUUUGAUUGUAAUACCCUCUUGAUACCCAGCCACUAGCUACCCCACCAUCACAUACGCGUCCGACCAGAACGACAACAACACUCACAAUGUCUCAACCACUCAAGGGCAAGCUGGCCAUUGUUUCCGGCUCUUCUAGGGGCAUCGGCGCCGCCAUCGCCGAGAACCUCGCCUCCAAAGGCUGCGACCUCAUCCUCAACUACACCACCCCCUCCUCCGCCUCCCUAACCUCCGAGCUCUCCGACCGCCUGAACAAGACCUACUCCGUCUCCUCCGUGCCCGUCCAAGCCGACAUCGGCACCCUCGAAGGCCCCCAAGCCAUCAUCGCCGCGGCCAAGUCCGCCUUCUCCAAGUUCGAUGGCUCCCUCCAGAUCGACAUCAUCAUCAACAACGCCGGCAUCGCCCGCAACGACAUGAUCCCCAACGUCAAGGUUGAUGAUUUCACAGAAACCUACCGCGUCAACGUUCUCGGCCCCUUGCUUCUAGUCCAAGCAGCCCAGCCUUACCUCCCCAAAGACCGCUCCGGUCGCAUCGUCAAUAUCUCCUCCGUCUCCUCGUCCACAGGCUUCGUAGGCCAGUCCGUCUACGGCGGCUCCAAGGCCGCCAUCGAGGCCAUGACCCGCACCUGGAGUCGUGAGCUAGCUGAGAACUGCACAGUCAACGCUGUCAACCCGGGCCCCGUGGAGGGACCGAUGUACGCGUCCAACUCGGAGGAGUUCCUGGAGGGCAUCGAGGGGUGGAUCAAGCACACGCCGCUGAUGAAGGCGCGGGAGGAUCUGCAUGGCAAGGAGGCUGUCGAGGAGGCGAAGCAGUGGCAUGGCAGGCUGGCGAAGACGGGGGAGAUUGCGGGUGUGGUGGGCAUGUUGUGUGGUGAGGAGGCGGGGUGGUGUACGGGACAGGUUGUUUGUGCUAAUGGGGGGAUGUUGAUGUUGCAUUGAAGGGUUUAUGAAGGCGGAAGGAAGCCGUCCAUGGCUGUUGUCCAGGACCUUGACAUUUCAUAGACUUGACAUAAGCGUCCAGUAUUCAUGAAUUCGGUAAUCCGAGACAUUUCUUGACGUGGUGUUUAGAUUCCGGUCUCAGAGUCCUGUUGCCCAUGGUCGUGAAUUCGUGAAGAUGGAGGAAGAUGAAAAGGGGAGUUUGUUUGUUUUCCUCAGGGGUCAAGGCUCAAGCAGUUGGCGGAUAGCAACCGAGUUAC